AAUUUUCAAGAUGGGGUCUUUCGAUUUACAAAAGCCGAACAGGAAGCCAAAAGCAAGACCUUUGGUGUUUUUCAACGAGGAAAAAUUGAAGAUUAAAAAGGUUCUUUUCGCUUCGGAAUUACAGAAGUUGUUGGGGUUGGUUUUUCUUCCGCAACACUUCGUUGCAUGGCCAGAUUGGUGCAUCGUACGUCGUCCAAAUUUAAUAAAAUGUGUGAUUGUCUUGUUCUGCAACCGAGUUAAUUCCGUAUGCCUCAGUGAGACUGAUGUUACCCCAUUCAACAAGUCGUUAUGUUUUUUCUCUCCGUCCGCUUAUCAUUAUUCAUGGGAAGAAGAACUCUUUAACGUCCCCCGUCUGCAUCUUUCCAGCCACGCACUCGAUAUGGUUGAUAAGCAUCAAUCAGUCAAACUUCCCUCCAAAAAGCGUCAGUGGGUAUCGGGCGCCUCAAUCCAGGCAAUUUCCACUGAGCUAAAGAAUUUGACGCGAUGCAGCAAUUCCAUUUGCUCCUCCGAUAAGCCCGAUUGUCCUGUGAGAACGAGCACCACACGAACAGCCAAAAAAACGGAGAAACGCAAACUCAGCCCCCAUCGACCAUUUUCUAUGCCCGCUCCUGGCAGUCCAGAUGCGUUCGAUCGUACGCUACUGCUUAUGAACCUGGAACAAAUGUUGUACGAGCGUGUUCCAGUUCCCGAGGAGCUUUGUCGUGGAUCAAAAAUUGUCACACCAACCCCUGACUAUGUGCCAAGCAAGCCCUUCUAUCGACCCGUCUCGUCGUCUAGUCCAAUGUUCGCCAUUGAUUGUGAAAUGGUGGUGACGAAAUCUGGAAAUGAAUUGGCCCGUGUCACAUUGGUGGAUGAGACGAAUUUUGUCAUCUUCGAUCGCCUGGUGAAACCGGAGAAUCCGGUGGAAGAUUACGUAACCAAAUUCAGCGGCAUCACCCGAGACAUGCUGGCCCCAGUGACCACCCGUGUGGCGGAUAUUCAAAAGGAGCUCGACGAACUUCUCCCUCCCGAUGCUAUUCUAGUGGGUCACUCUAUUUCAAACGACUUGCAUGCGUUGAAGAUAUAUCAUCCCUACCUAAUAGACACCAGUGUGAUAUACAACCUCAAGGGCGCGAGAACUUCGAAGGCACGUUUGCGAUUUCUUUCGGAACACUUCCUCGGUCGACUGAUUCAGACCGGCAGUUCAGGACAUUCAUCUGCGGAGGACGCCAUUGCAACCAUGGAUUUGACUCGACUUAAGCUUAGUCAAGGCUUAUCUUUCGGCGAUGUGACAACCUCCUGGCGGUUCCCGGAAAAUUACAACGCUGCAUUGUUUGCGAGACAAGCGAAACGCGUCAAUACAGUUGUGCAGUCAGAGGACAAGAAAAGCGACUUCGCAUCUUCAACCGGCAACACCACCGAACCGUGCGCAUACAACAGGCUACAGCCAGACCGGGUAGAUCCUGCCUUCCGCCCCACUGUCGCUGAGCUGCGCUCCAACUACUUCCUCUCUGGGCCUCCUGUGCAUUUAAUCAAUAGAUUGCUUCAUGACUGCGAUAUCCCGGUCAGCUGUUGGCCCAUUCUCGAAACGGCGGAAUUCAACAGCCCGAAUGACAAUCCACAGGGUCAGGAUAAACUGACCACCGACCAGCUGUGUGGUCGAAAUCAAGUGUCCAAGCGGAUGUCCCAGUGGCUACUCCAAUUAGCUUCGCACAAUCGUCUUGUCAUUGCAGAGGCUAACUGCCCACUUGAGUGGGGUGAAUCGAAAUGCAACAACAAAAUAUGCAAACUGUGUCAACGAUUGCGCCGUGGCCUGCCCGCAUAUAGCUUGGUGGUGGUCGUGUGCACUGGGGAUUCUCCGUCCUCUUCCAUUGGUUCAGUACGUGCGGCUUCGCAUUCAGGCGCCAUCACAUCAUCACCCCCUCCGUCCCCAGAGAACAUGAAACGAUGCGUGUACAUUACUCUGACAGAACCUGAGACACAAGCCGCAGUGUGA